GACUGUCGGCUGAUUUCACGCUGCAGUCAUUCGUAGGGCAUUUGAUUCUCUUCCUCUUCCUCUUCCUUUUACUCCUACGGAAGAGCUAACAGCGAUCAUCAGAUUCUCACUCCCUGAAACGACGUCGUUCUCGAGGUACGCCGCCGUCCAUCCAUGUCUGCCGCCGAAGGAGACAAGGUUCUCCAGUCCAUCUGCUACAAGCGCGGCUCUCUCAAGUUGCUCGAUCAGAGGAAGCUCCCUCUGGAGACCACUUACUUGGACAUUCUGGGUGCCGAAGAUGGAUGGAACGCGAUAAGAGAUAUGGUAGUUCGUGGUGCACCUGCUAUCGCCAUUGCUGCCGCUCUCUCUUUGGCUGUCGAGGUUUUCAACAUGGAUUCCUUCGAUGGAACGUCUGAAGACGCUGCAGCUUUCCUGCGGAAGCAGUUGGAUUGUCUGGUUUCGAGUCGGCCGACUGCCGUGAAUCUUGCAGAUGCUGCAGUAAAACUCAAAGAAGUUAUAUCGGGAGCCAUGGCUGCUGCUUCUGAACCUAAGUCCGUUUUCCAGGCUUAUAUCGAAGCAGCCGAGAAUAUGCUUGAAGAGGACGUUGCUUCCAACAAAGCAAUCGGAUCUUACGGGUCAAGCUUUCUGAGGCAGCAAGCGAAAAACUCUGACAAACUUUCCGUUCUGACCCAUUGCAACACUGGCAGUCUUGCUACUGCUGGAUAUGGUACCGCCCUCGGUGUCAUCCGGGCACUUCAGUCGCAGGGAGUAUUGGAAAGGGCAUACUGCACGGAAACCCGUCCGUUCAAUCAAGGAUCCAGGCUUACGGCUUUCGAGCUGGUCCACGAGACCCCCCCCGCCACUCUCAUCGCAGAUUCAGCUGCGGCUGCACUGAUGAACGAUGGCCGUGUGGACGCUGUAAUCGUAGGAGCUGACCGCGUUGCUUCAAACGGCGACACCGCUAACAAAAUCGGGACAUACAGUCUCGCCCUCUGCGCGAAACAUCACGGGAUCCCGUUUUACGUAGCUGCACCACUCACCUCCAUCGAUCUAUCGCUUUCGUCGGGGAAAGAAAUCGUCAUCGAGGAGAGAUCCCCAAAGGAGUUGCUGAACACGCACGGAGGGUUAGGCGAACGGAUUGGAGCCUCGGGGAUUUCCGUCUGGAACCCGGUAGCUGAACUCGUCUCAGGAAUCAUCACGGAAAAGGGCGUUAUAACAAAGGGCACUGAUGCAUCAUCAUUCGAUAUCCGAAGCUUUGCCCGGAAGAUGGGAUGAGACCGUUGUCUGAAAAACCGGGCGAAUUCAGUAUCUUUGUCAAAGCAGCUGCCUAUAUGUAUGCAGAUUUCCUCCAUUUUUAUGGCAAUGGAGUGAAGACAAUAAUAAGCUUGUGUAAACUUAAUUCUCUAUGGCUUUUACUUCCACAUUUUUCCAUGUUUA